AUGCUCAUGGAGGCGCUGAAGAGCGAGGACGCCAAGGUGCCCAAAUUGCCACCAUUGGACACGUCUCCACUCGUCGAGGGCCAGCAGUAUCUCUCCAAGUGUCUGGAGGAGGUUUCGUAUCUGCUUCAUCCUGAUGUUGUCGAUGUGGAUGUGGAUGCCAAGGACAGGGAGGCCGCUGCUAGAGAGGCCGUGCGAGACACCCGCGACAUUCGAGAAGUGCCUCGUGUUCCUGUCCAAGAGCAGCCUCAACAACUGACACAACCCACGACACACUCGCAGCCACAAACACAACCCACGACACAUUCGCAGUCACAACCACAGACUCAGCCCACAACACAAACGCAAGCACAGUCAGUUCAGGCACAAGCAGUGUCACAAGCACAAAACGGAGAUGCUUCCGCUACAUCCAGUUGGAAACUGCAGCACGAGCUCACUGGCAACAACGCGUUGAACAUGUCGUCAUUCGAGUCGUCCACCGCCUUGUUGACCGCCUCGGAAGACGGUCUCAUCAAGCGAUGGAGUUUGGAGAAGGCCAAAAAACACGAGUCCAAGUCGCAUAGCACGUACACCGGUCACGUGGGCACAGUCACCUCCGUGGUGGCGUCGGAGUCGUCGGGCAUGUUCUACUCCGCCGGCGUGGACAAAAAGGUGCGCUUUUGGCAGUCGGACUUGGUUACGGAGCUGUUCCACAUCAACGCGCACAAAGAGGGCAUUGUGGCUCUGGACGUGAGCGAAGACAACUUUGUGCUGGUGUCUUCCUCCACCGACGGCACCACCAAGAUCUGGAGUAUCAAGACCAACGACAUGCUCCAUUCCAUUGAGGGUCCCAAGCGUGCCACUCAGGACGAAAACAGCGAUCUGUCGGAAGACACGUUUGCCAACAAGCCUGUGUCGGCAUCGUCGGUACUGCUGUACAAGGAUGGCACGAAGCUGGUGGUUGGCUACGAGAACGCUCACAUUUACCUCAUUGACGUGGGCAGUGGACUCGUCACCCACAAGAUUGAAGACGCAUACAACAGCGAGGACAACGGCGUCACAUGUCUGGCCAUGGUAGGAGGAGCCCACGCGUCCACCCAGGAGCUCACGCUGCUGGCAGGUUUCCGAGACGGCGUUAUCCGAGCAUUUGAUCUAGCUGGACGGCUGGUGUGGCAGGUGGAUGCCCAUAAGGGUGCUGUGUCGUCCAUCAGUGUCGACCCAGCAUCGGGAGAGAUGUUCGCGUCUGUGGGAGCUUCAUUGGGAGUCAAGAUCUGGACCGUGGGAGCCACGGAGCCGGUAGAGCAGAUUGCCUGCAAUUCGCCGGCCACAGCAUCCAGUGUCACAUGGACAGCUGGAAAGGAAGGGUCGAUAUGGAAGGGCCAUAUUGCCACCUGUGCCAGUGACGGCGUUGCAAGGGUGUAUAGUUGCUUGAGGUAG